UGUUUCGUUUUGGAUCUUGAGUUUCUCUUUUUCCUGUCUCUCGCUCUAUCUGGAGUGUUUGAAUAACAUCAUCAACCAGCUGUUGAACAAAAACAACAGCUGCUGCUGCUGCUGCUCUCUCUCUCUCUCUCUCUCUCUCUCUCACACACACAUAUAAAUAUGAAUAACAUCACCAAUAAUUAGAAGUCCUCUCUCUCUCUCUCUCUGGUUUGGACCGUGUGUGUCUUCUCGAACCUCCCAAAUCGAUAUCUUUCCACCUCGAUCUUCUUUCUGCUCGUAUCUUUCCGAACCUCCCUCUUCUUCUUUCGAUUUCUGUACAUUUUUACGUAUAUGUACAUAUAUCUGGUUCUUUUGGGUAAAUAUUCGAUCUCUCUCUCUCUCUCUCUCUCUCUCUCUCUCUCUCACUUGUGCUCCCUUUGCCUUUAUUUGAUUCCGUUUUCCCUUGAUUGAAGAGAUCAAAAGCUCUGUCUCUCUGUCUCUCUCUCGCGUUGGCUGGGAAUGGAAGAAAAGGAGUUUGUGUUGGAAUAAUUAACAGGAAUUGUAGGCAGAGGUCAAAGAGAAGAGCAUGUUGUGUUCGAAGCAGCCUAACUCGAUUGUAUGCGCAGUGGGAGUUGUUUCUUGGAGACUAUUUCGCUGAUGUAUUCACAUAUUAUUCGUAAAUAUAGAAAACUGGAUGCAAUUCUGAUAGUAUAAUCCCUUAGCCAGAGCCUGAGCCCCUAAGGCUCGGCGGGGGAGGGGGUCGAUCUGGAAUAUUAUCAAUGGCGUCGCCAGAGAAUGAACCCUCCUCCCACUUUCCCUCUGUCGUUGACGAAUCCCUUGGUCCUCCUGCCCACGGUUUUAUGCACAAAUUCAGGCUUUACGAAACUCGAUCGAAUUUUUACAUGAUAGGAAGGGACAAGAGCAGAACAUAUUGGAGAGUGCUAAAGAUUGACCGGUUGGACCCUUCAGAACUAAACAUCCAGGAAGACUUGACCACGUAUACGGAACCUGAGUGUUCUGACUUGUUGAGGCGGAUACAUGAAGGAAACAAGUCCACAGGUGGACUAAAGUUUGUCACUACUUGUUAUGGAAUUGUCGGGUUCAUCAAAUUUUUGGGUCCUUAUUACAUGCUGCUUAUCACAAAAAGAAGACAGAUUGGUGCAAUCUGUGGUCACACCGUAUAUGCUGUCUCCAAGAGUGCGAUGAUUCCACUUCCAAACUCUAUUGUUCGGAACAGUAUCACUAAUUGGCAGAAUGAGAGCAGAUACAAGAAGCUCCUGUGCAUGGUGGAUCUCACAAAGGAUUUCUUUUUUAGCUACUCAUACCAUAUUAUGCGUAGUCUUCAAAAGAACUUGUGUAAUAAAGACACUGGCCAGGUUCUCUAUGAAACCAUGUUUGUCUGGAAUGAGUUCUUGACUCGGGAAAUCCGAAAUCACCUCCAGAAUACGCUUUGGACAGUUGCUUUGGUUUAUGGGUUUUUUAUGCAGGCAACACUUUCUCUAUAUGGACGAGAAUUCAAACUGACCCUAAUUGCAAGACGUUCCCGUCACUAUGCAGGCACCAGGUAUCUGAAAAGAGGUGUAAAUGAGAAGGGCAGAGUUGCUAAUGAUGUUGAAACAGAACAGAUUGUGUUUGAGGAUGUUCCAGAAGGGUUUCCCAUGCAGAUAAGUUCUGUAGUCCAGAACCGAGGCUCAAUUCCUCUUUUCUGGUCACAGGAGACGUCACGCUUGAAUAUGAAACCAGACAUUAUAUUGUCGAAGAAGGACCAAAAUUUUGAAGCCACCAGACUUCAUUUUGAAAAUCUUGUCAAUAGAUAUGAAAACCCUAUAAUAAUUUUGAAUUUGAUUAAGACACAUGAGAAGAAGCCCCGAGAGUCCAUCCUCCGUGCAGAGUUUGCUAAUGCAAUUGAUUUCAUUAAUAAAAGUUUGCCAGAGGAGAACCGUCUCAAGUUUCUUCACUGGGAUCUACAUAAACAUUCUCGGAGCAAAGCUACAAAUGUAUUACUCCUUCUGGGCAAAGUGGCUGCAUAUGCAUUGACUCUAACGGGAUUCUUUUAUUGCCAAGUAACUCCAGCCUUUAGGCAUGAAGGGUGUGUGAGAUGGCUUUUGUCUGGGAAUGUGGACAAUAAUAACUUUUAUCCUCAGAGGCACUGCAACUGUGAUAAUGAGGAUGAUGACUACUUUCUCUUAGAAAGGAAACUUAGUGGUUGUAAUAAUGGUGCUAGUAAUGUUGCUAAUGGGAAUCACCCGAUCAAGCCACCCAUGUUUCAGAAAGGGGUUCUCAGGACCAAUUGUAUAGAUUGCCUGGAUCGCACUAAUGUUGCUCAAUAUGCUUAUGGGUUAGCAGCUCUUGGACAACAACUUCAUGUUCUGGGAGUCGCAGACAACCCAAAGAUAGAUCUUGAUGCUCCUUUAGCUGAUGAUUUGAUGGGGUUUUAUGAGAGAAUGGGCGACACACUUGCUCACCAAUAUGGUGGCUCAGCUGCUCAUAACAAGAUAUUCUCCGAGAGAAGGGGUCAGUGGAAAGCAGCAACGCAGUCUCAAGAAUUCUUCAGAACUCUUCAACGAUAUUACAGCAAUGCCUAUAUGGAUUCAGAGAAACAAGAUGCAAUUGAUGUAUUCUUGGGUCACUUUCAGCCGCAACCAGGCAAACCUGCACUUUGGGAACUGGAUUCAGACCAGCACAGUGAUGCGGGUAGGAAUGGACAUACAUAUGUGGAUGAAGAUGAAAGGUCAAUUUUCAAACGAUCCUUAUCAGAUGGGAACAUACUUGGUGAAAGCGGCUCUCCCAUGUCAGCCAAGAAUGUGAAGCAUUCUUCUAACUCAGUUUUGCCUGAGCGAUCACAAGGAUCAAGCAACUUUCUAUCUGAAUCAUCACCAGAAAUAUCAACUUGUGAAAGUGAUACAGCUUUUUCGAGGUAUACCCGAUCAAUACCUCACAGGCAGCUUUUUGGAGAUAUGCAAAGAGAUCGAUGCCUUGAAACCAAUCAUAUUUACUUCUCAGAACAUGGAGAUAUGUCCAACUGCUCAAAUUUUUUUGACCUUGACUGGUUAUCUUCCUCUGGGAAUUCAUGCGAGGAAGAGCAAUUUGAGAGGUCAUCAUUGCUCACAAACUCUUCAGUUGCUGGGUUAUCGGCAGAAAAUGUUGUCCAUGGAGUGAUGGGAGAAACUACCCCCUCCACAAGUGAAUAUGGAUCCAGCAUGAAAGGGAGGGAGCAGACCGGAACAGAGCUAUCUUAUGGUAUUGCACAGAAUUCCGAUGUUCUCGAAGAUUUUUCAGAUGGCUUUGUGCACUGGGUGAACCAUGGAGAGGCACUCUGCCAUUAAAGUUAGGCUAACUUUUUCCACCCUAAUUCGAUAUAUUCUCACUCGUUUCUCAGGCUGCUGCUGUGACUGAUCCAUGGAGAAGAGACCUUAUUGAGUAUAGCAAAGGUAGUGGGAUCAAGAGAGAUCAGAAGCGGUGAAUCCGGCAAUUUUUCUGUAAGAUGUUUUCCCCCGCAGCAAUCCUCUGGGCCUCAUCUAUGACUUGCAGCAUUAAGUUCCAUCAGAGAAACCACGAUCAGAACCCAAUACCAAAAGUACAAGAGUAAAUAGGCAGCGAUUAAAAUUCUUUUUGGAGCUCAUCUUCUUCUUAAUUAAUCCUAGUAUUCGCAGACUCGUGUAGGGAUGUCGCUUUUGUAAAUAUAUCGUCAUUCUACUCGACCGAGCUCCAGUUUCAGAAUUGCAGGUCAUUGAUUCUUCAUAUUGCUUCAUGUUUAUCUGUGGUCAAGCAUUCUGAGACCCAGGUACUGUAGAACUCCCUCCCUCUUUUGAUAUGUGUAAUUGUAGAGCCUGAAGACCAGCCUCCCUAUUGACGUCUACAUGGACCGUUUCUUAUGGGUAGGUAUCUACAAAGGACUUCUGUUCAUUGAUUGAAAUGGACGCUUCUUUUAAGCUUCAGCUUUUGUAAGUUUUUGCUCCAUCCAAUGUUAAAAAGUGAGGAAAAAUCAUAACAUUCAGAGACAGUAAGAAUGCUCAUGUAUAUAAAGUGUUCGGCAUGUUUAGAAA